UAGUGCAGAUAAAUGCUUCAGCGUAACCAAUAGAAACCUCACCCACAACGUUGGAAACAAUAUCAAGACACGAAGAAAGUCGUCCGCACAUUCUAACCAAGCAAAAUCGGAGCUGUAAUAUCUCCUAAAAAAGCUUUCAAAUGGCGCUGUCUAUACCACCAGUGAAAACGCAGAUCAGAUUUUCCUCCAAUUCCAAGCAAAGAAAAGCGAAGCUAAACAAUUUCGCUGUUUGCCCGGGGCUAGCCUAUAAUGUCGCCAAGUACUACCCGGCAACCGAACUUUUAUCGGAUAAGGAUCGUUGUAAGGAACUUAUGAAAAGUCUCGGGCUGUCUUCGGAUCCUGGUAAUUGGUACUCACCUGCUCGCCGCUCAAAAACCCCAUCGCCUAGACCACCAAGCUCGCGCCCAUCUUCGCGGAGAAGAAACAUGGAAAGCUUCACGAAAAACCCCGAUUUAUUCUAUAUGACCACUCAUCAGAGAGAAUUCGGAGGAGAUAACGGUGCGCCGGCCGCAAACGCGAGGCCUAGCACAGCCAAGAUUUUCCCUAGCAGGGAUGAUGCUGGAGAAACGACUUACCAAACAGAGUAUUGUGAAAAAUCUGUCAAGCCCAAUGAAAUGACUCGAGUCGGAACGUCAUCGGGAAAUCGGCGAAACAAUCCUCAUCCUUCUGAGGCGUUUAUGGUAUGGAAGUUCCCUGGAAGGGGACCGCCUGCCCUUGAUCCUUGUGAAUAUAAUACUGAGAACAUGGAAGAAGUUUGCUUUGAUCACCUGAAGUCAACCUACCAAAGUGACUAUACAGGAAUACCACAAGGUGUCCAGGUCCAAACAGUGUUUGAGGGUGACAUGAAAUAUUCAUUGAAGAAGCCACCGCGCACACUAGACUCAACUGCUAGGCACAGCUACCAAAAGCCUCUGAUACGAGACGAGUUGAAAUGUAACUUUUCACGAUAUGGGGCUAACAAAAACAAGUAUAAGCCAACUGUGGGUGCUGUGCCAACAGUAUCAGCAAAAUCCCCUCAAAUGCACCUGUAUGGCAGGACCCACUAUUCCCAUGAAUUUUACAGGAAAGAACUGACAAGGGAAAAUCAGAAGCAUUACAAAUCUGGGCCUAUACCAGCACUGGAGGAGUUCUUGAACCAUGCAAAACCUCAAGAGAAAGAGAACCUCAUUAAAAGCCUGCAAAAAAUUGCAAGUCAAGGCAACAAGCACACUAGAGAUCCUGACUGGCUGUCUCAGUGGUCAGGACCAAGCUAAAUAAUAAAAUGGAAUGCAAUUUUCACACACUAUAACUCAUUAUUUAUUAUGACAAAUGGGACAUUUACUUUAUGACAAUUGAAGAGAUGUACAAAAUCAUGGAGAGUGCAAAGUUUUUCUAAUAUAAUGAUUUUAGAGAAAUAACAAUAAAGUUGAAGCAUGCAAA